AUGGAACAGGCAUGCGAUUUGUGUAGAAUUAAAAAGCUUAAAUGCUCGAAGGAAAAACCAAGAUGUACGAAAUGCCGAAAGAAUAAUUGGACAUGUACAUACUCACCUAAAGUUAAACGUUCACCUCUAACAAGAGCACAUCUAACUGCGGUUGAGAAUAAACUUAAUUUAUUACAACAACUCUUUCAACGAAAUUUCCCAGGUCAAAGUAUCGAAACAUUCCGUAUUGUAGAUUCAAGUACAGCUUUGAGAAACAAUAAAAUUGAAAAUGACAAUGAAAAUGAAAACGAAAAUGACAAUGAAGAGGAUAGUGAGCAGGAAUCUGCAAAUGAGUCUAGUUCAUUCCCCAUUCCUACGCAAAUAAAAUUAGAACCCACUUCGGCCUCGACAAUAUCAAUGAAUACAAAAUAUUCAUUACGAUCGCCUUUUAUUACACCUAGAGUACCAGUUAUGCUAAAUGAGAGUCUUCCAAACGAUUUAUUACAUGGGUUUGAUUGGAAUGAAAAUAAAAAUUCUGGUCCAAUGUAUGGGUCAGGGUUUUAUGGACCCGCAUCAUCAGUAUCGUUAUUAAAAUUACAUGCUAUAGUAUUUGAUUCUAAUUAUUUAGAUGAAGAAAAUACACCUGGUGGUGGAACGAUGGCUCAUUAUAACCAAAACUCAGUAAUAAUAGAUAAAGUUCAGUUAGCAAAACGUGAAACAACUGCGAGGUUUGUACAAUCUUAUUUUGAUAAUUUUCAUCCCUUCCACCCAAUUUUGGUUGAAGAAGAAUUUAUGAAAAUAUAUAAUGAUACCACUACAACCUCUUUUACAGAUAAAUGGCAGCCUCUAUAUAAUAUAGUACUUGCCAUUGGGUCGUGGUGUAUCAAUGGGGAUUCAACGGACAUAGAUUUGCAUUAUUUUACAAACUGCAAAUCCUAUAUGUCGUCAGGAAAAGAUAGUUCCUUGAACGAUUUACAUUUCUUGGAGGAUGGUUCAAUAGAUCUUGUGAUCAUAUUGAAUCUGAUUGCAAACUAUCUUUUUCUAAGGAAAAAAUUUAAUGCUAGUUAUCAAUUUAAUGGUACAGCAAUGAGGAUGGCCCUAUCCCUGGGUCUUAAUUAUAAUAUUCAUAUUCAAUUACCUACACAGGCCCAACCGCAGGAGAGACACCUGAGUGAACUAAAUAAUUAUAAACUUAUCCAAAGAAAACUAAUAUGGUGGUCUAUAGUUAAUUUAGAAUUGAAAUUAAACCUUCUUAUUUUUGAUCGGACAUAUAUGGCUUUGAACUCGAAUCUAAAUUUGUUCAACUGCUUGACAAAUGAUAUAGAUUUAUCUUCCAUCACUAACAAUAACCUAUUAUAUUUUAACAAUUUGAAACUCAAUUUACAUCUUUUGGAUAUUUUUAAUACGUUCAUAAUAGGUCUCAAUCACAAACAAUUUGAUUAUGAUGAAUUACUGAAGAUGUUAAAUGAUAGGGAAUUCUGUGAAUUGAAAGAGGAAGAAAAUAUUUCCAAUAUUAAUGAAAGAGUGUUUAAAUUUCUAUUUAAUAGUAGAAAAUUCUCCUUAAAGUUCUACUUAAUUAAGAAAUUCAUCUCAAAUUCGUAUUCCCAGGAGGAAUCAGUAAAUAAUCUGGUUCAAUGUAGUGACCUAAUAAUAGAGAUGAUAAAUGGAUUUAUAGAAUUGCUUGAUUCAUUUAUCCAUAAUAAUGAAACAAUAACAAACGCAUUAACACCCUUAGUAAUAACUACAUGUGUUGAGGAAACAUUUCAUUCAGCAGUAUUGGCUAUUCUUCAAUUAUAUGAGUCUGGAGACGACAAUAAACAAGUUUUUGUUGAACAAAUAAACAAAUUUAUUGAAUUCUUAAAGUUCUUCAGUAAUUUUAAAAAUUUGAAGUCUUCAUCAUUGACCAAAUAUUUACAUAUUUUCCAGGAAACACUCCAAGAUUUCAACAAACUUUCAGACCCUCAGGAAAAGGAUCUCAAAAUAAAAUUGUCUAAGAUGCCUUCCUCGACGUAUGUAACUUCUCCCCAUGUAGUUGAUGAUAACAAGAACCUGGCGCGACUUAUUUCAAACGAAAAGACUGUACAAACAACGUAUAACCGUACAAACAACACAAACUCCACUAUGGCCACACAGGUUGGGUCACCUGGCUUAUCUGAGGUCAUGAAUAGUAAGAGUUAUACUGACUUAGUUAACCUACUAUCUGUAGGCAAGCAACAAAAUAAUAAUAAUUUCAACAACCAUUCCACUCAACUUCCUACUUCACCUUUCAAUAUAUCGAAAUUUGGGGCUAUGUCCCCAAAGAUCCAACAAAUGUCGGUUCCAUAUAUUCCUCCAUCCAUGAACAAUUCCAAACCUAUAAGUAACACAAACCGCAUUUUCAAUAUUCCUCAACCAGGAUCCAACACCAUGGCGUCUGUUUUCCCAUCUACAAUAUACGAGGGGAGCAGUAGUACAAGCUACCCUAACAAUUCCAGUUACCAAUCGAUCAUGAGCGGGAAUAAUGGUACUAUUUCAGGAUUGCAAAGUUCGACUAAGAACCAUAAUAACGCUACAUUUAUGCCUGAUGUCUCUGGCACAACGAAUAAUGCUCAAUUACUUGGUUCUACUGGCAUUCCAAAUAAUAACAACAGUAACAACAACGCUGUAAUUACGAAUAACAACUCUAAUAGCAUGAGUGUCCCACAAACACCAGGUGGAUUCCAAGAGAACUUGUGGAAUGAUACAACUGCCUUCAACGCACUAGGGGUCACUUCUGGUUUAUUCAAUACUACUACUAUGGAUGAUGUCUACAACUACUUAUUUGAUGAUGAUAUUACUGGGCCCAAUAAUGUUAACGAUGGCACAACAACCGUUGGUAAUAAUGGCCAAACUCAAGCCUCAUUUACGAAAAAGUAA